AUGCCCCCAGCCUUAUCCCACUCCAUCUUCACUGCUCUCGAAGCCUUCUGCUCGUUGACGUUCAUUCUCGCAAGUCUUUCUGCUGUCCCUGCCUGCAGCUGCCACACCUCUACCGCACCAUCCGCUCGGCCAACACCAAUGAAUCCAGAUGACGCCCAAUCCGCGCACACCACAGCGUUAUCCACGUUCCCUUCUUCAUCCUCGUCAAUCCGCAAAAACACCUCCCAUUCCCACCCAACUUUACCCCUCGCCACGAUAUCGCCACAUGCCACACAAAACGCACCCCCUGGUGCAAAGGAUAGGCCUCUGGCCUCCGGAACGUCCCUACCCACAUCCACAGCAGCGAGCAGCCCCCAUCGCCCACCGUUGUCUGGCGUUUCGUAA